UCAAAGGGCAAAAGCAUAAGAGGAUCAAAGUGACUUGGACAGAACCGGUGACUUUUGGGAAUUAGGGGUAAAACAGACGAGUGGGACACAACUAGGGGCAUAAAUCUAAUUAUCCCUUUUCCUAAACACAACCAAAAAAGGUUUAUCGCUUACAGUCCCAUGUCUUAUCCUUAUAAACAUGCAAACCUAGGUCUCUGCAUGGCCCCUUGUCAACACAUGAAACUAUCUUAUAUCCCGAGAGAUCUAUGCCAUGCCUCUCAACCCGGAACACCCCAAACGAUCUUAGGCCCUCUUCACUGCCGGCGGCCACGUGUUUAGGCUCUCCUGAUGACGACUCCGGCACCUGCCCGGUAAUGUGCCAAUAUAGCACAUCAGAGCAAAAGCUUCUCAAGUCGUGGAACUCAUCAGGAGAGGCAUGGCACAUCAGAGCAAAAGCUUCUCAAGUCGUGGUGAUCUAACUGGAUGGCAUACUGCUUGAUAGGAAUAAACUAGGGCUAGAGACAAUUGUGCUCAUGAACAACAACCUUCCUUCUAGUACUCCACAGGCUAGGCUAGGUACAAGCUCGGGGAAGACUGGUUGAACUGCAGUAUAAUUUCUUAAUAGCUGAAGAAGUGGAUAGGCAAAUCAUAUCUUUGAUGCUAGAAUUGAUUGAGUGGGUGGGUUGUUUUUGUUCGAGAGAAACUGCCUUUUGCUAGAUUCAAUUAUGUAAUCACUGUAUUUUGCGUACACUAUGAAGAGCAUACAUAUCUUAUGCAGAUUGAACUUAGUACAUAUAAGAUGCUCAUUUGAAGAACUGGAUGGCAUACUGCUCUAUCCUAACUGUUAAUUUUUGUUCAUUCUAUGCCAGUAUCAUUCUCAUUAUUUCUUGCUUGUGGUGCUUAUCGUUCUUACAUCAUGUUAUUUGGGAUGACAAUUCAAGAUGCAGAAGGCUCAAACUAGGGAAACUAGCACUUGCAGUUUAGCAAAGAGUUCCUCCUUGAAUAUGCUCUUCCUUCUCCUCCUCCAGCUCCUUGCCAUCACCACCCUCCCUUUCUCUGCCAACAACGCCACCCAACUAGUCUAUGACACGGAGGGCAAUGUGCUAAGUAGCAAGCAAAAUUACUACAUCCUCCCUGCUAAACGUGCGACCGGCGGGGGCCUCAGAGCUUUGCCUACUGGCCUGCGCUUUUGCUCUGAAAGGCUAGAUUGGCACCUUACCAAUCAGGUACCGGAUUCGUCAUCAGGAGAGCCUAAACACGUGGCCGCCGGCAGUGAAGAGGGCCUAAGAUCGUUUCCGGUGUUCCGGGUUGAGAAGCAUGGCACAGGUCUCUUGGGAUAUAAGAUAGUUUCAUGUGUUGACAAGGGGCCAUGCAAAGAUGUAGGUUUGCAUGCUACUAAGAACAAGACGUGGCUGACCCUCAAGAUGGAGAUGCCUCAAACUAGGGAAACUAGCACUUGCAACUUACCAAAGAGUUGCCCCUUGAAUAUGUUCUUCCUCCUCCGUCUCUUCGCUAUCGCCAUCCUGCCUUGCUCUGCCAACAACGCCACCCAACUGGUCUAUGACACAGAAGGCAACGAGCUAAAUAGCAAGUCAAAUUACUACAUCCUCCCAGCCAAACCUGCAAGCGGUGGCGGCCUCAAAGCCAUCCCAACCGGUCUACGGUGCCUACAUUUUGUGGUCGAGGAGCGCAGCGAGACGACUCUCCUCGACACGCCCAUGCGAUUCAUGCCGUUGCCAGAACACGCUUCUACCACUGAGCCGAUCCGCCUUUCGAGUGACAUAUGGAUCCGCCUUUCGAGUGACAUAUGGAUCGAGUUUCACGACUUGAGAAGCUUUUGCUCCGAAAGGCUAGAUUGGCACCUUACCGAACAGGUGCCGGAGUCGUCAUCAGGAGAGCCUAAACACAUGGCUGCCGGCAGUGAAGAGGGCCUAAGAUCAUUUGGGGUGUUCCGGGACGGAUCUCUCGGGAUAUAAGAUAAUUUCAUGUGUUGGCAAGGGGCCAUGCAGAGACCUAGGUUUGCAUGUUUACAAGGACAAGACAUGGCUGACUGUAAAGGAUAAACCUUUUAUGGUUGUGUUUAGGAAAAAGACUAUAUAGGUGUUUUUUUGCUUGCUUCUUGAGGUGAUCCCUGUAGGCGAGUUCAUUGUAUCGCCACUGUGGUGUUCAUGUUAUGUAAUGUGUUCCCCCACUUUGCAAUAAAGCGAUACUAACUAUAUUAUGUGAAAA